AUGAACAAAUCUGUGCACGGUGAGCCAACUAACUCUCGUCUUGGACACAUCUUUUGCGCUUCUAUCCAUACCACCAUGUUCAUGACUUUCUUAUGCCCCAGUCUUGUGUGUUGUGGAAACUUUAAUUUCUUAUGGAAGCGCAUGAUUAAGAGAUUCUUGGGUAAUUCUGACCAGAAGACGCCGGCUGAUUUGCAUUGUACUGAAGUCGUUUGGUACCAAUACGACGUUCUGGCUGAUGCAGUCCACGAGACAUCCUCCAACGUCUCGGCAAAGAUGUGCUGA